CGGCAGUCAUUGCGACACGAUCAUCCUAUCGUGAUAUGCGGGGCGCCGCGUCGCGCGUCGUCACCGCCGCUGCCGCCGUCAUCGUCGUUACCAUCGUCACCACUAUCAUCGCCGUCGUCGCCUCCGCCGCCGCCGCCGCCACCGUCACAGCCGUCGUCGCUGUCGCAGCCGCGGACAACGAUUGAACGUCGCGCUGCACGCAAGCUCGGAGGAACGAGGCCGCGCGAGGAUGCCGGUGAAGGUCGACGUGGUACCGCCACCGCCCGCGAAUUCGAAACAGCCGGGUGUCACCAAGUCCCUGCUGUACAAUGGCUCGCGCUUCCAGGGCUCGCAGAAGUCCAAGGGCAACAGCUACGACGUGGAAGUGGUUUUGCAGCAUGUGGACGAGGAAAAUAGUUACCUAUGCGGUUACUUGAAAAUUAAAGGUUUGACAGAAGAAUUUCCGAUACUUACGACAUUUUUCGAUGGUGAGAUUAUCUCCAAGAAGUACCCCUUCCUGACUCGUAAAUGGGAUGCUGAUGAAGAUGUUGACAAGAAACACUGGAGUAAAUUCGAGUCAUUCUGCCAAUAUGCCAAAACAUUCAACUCCGACACGUUCGAUUACGAAGCGCUAAAAGGAACGGAUUUUGUUUUUAUGAGGUGGAAGGAACACUUUCUGGUACCUGAUCAUACUAUCAAGGAUAUCAAUGGUGCCUCCUUUGCAGGAUUUUACUAUAUUUGCUUCCAAAAAUCUGCCACCACGAUAGAAGGCUUUUAUUAUCAUCGUAGUUCUGAAUGGUAUCAAUCCUUGAAUUUGAGACAUGUCCCGGAGCACAGUAUACAGAUUUAUGAGUUCAGGUGAAGUCGAUACCUUUGCUGAGAAAUCUCACGAUAGCCGCGUGUUUUCUUCUCUAGCAUACAGAUCUCAUAAAGAUUUGUCUUAGAAAUUUUUAUUGGAAGCAGCCUAACGAGUCUGUUUUUGAUUAUGACGCGUCCUGAAAUUUUGGGAGAGAUUUACAGUGAAAAAUAUUUUAUGAUUUUAUGAUUUUCUUAGUCGACUAUAUUAGAAAUCAUUCAGAUUUUUUUCAUACGAGAGUGCCUAUUUAGUAAUUGAUCGACUAUAGAUCGAUUAAUUAUUUCAACAUUGUAAAAUUAUUUUUCGUCAAAAAUAAAUUACCUGAUACAUAUCAUUUUAAAUUAUUGGUGUUAUUAUUUGACAAAUUUUUGAUACGCUUCAUAGUAUUUGCUUACCAUCAUUGUUUAUAAUCUACAAAUACAUUCAAUAUUUUGGUAAUCAAUUUUAUGACCAUUGACUGAAAUAAUAAAUACAAAUGCUUGAUGCACGAUCGGAUAAAAUCAAUAAUUAAAUCGCGCUUUUAAGAAUUUAAUAAAAUCAGGAUAAGCUAAAAUAAUUAUUUACGGGCAAAUCUCUCUUAUUUUGUAUUUCUUAAGAUUUAUGAGAUCUGUUUGUUACAUUAGAAAAAGGUCCCAGUGUAAUUGUUGUUUGAAUGAAGCUGUAUGUAUGUCGCAAAA